CAGCUUAGCACAAAUGUGAGCAACAUACACAAAUUCUAUGCUUCUUAGCGAGCGGAAGUACCUCAACUUCUGUGGUCCGGGCGACCAAGCUACAUUGUUAAGAAAUUGCACAACACGGUCUACCCUUAUCUUCUCUAGAUGGCUCACAGGCUGCUCGUCCGGAGAAUUUGGACCGUGUCUGUGAGGGACGUGCGCUGCCCCCGUGCCCCAUCAUCCGCCCUCUACUCCACUUCGCUGUGCUCCUCGGCGAGCCCGCAACCUCUCCUGUCGCCCAGGCGUUCCCUCACACGCGCCCUACCCGUCACCUCCCGCCGCCAAGUCUCCUUCAAUGUUCAGGACCAGGAGGAUUUCACCGAAAGGGUCAUCAACAGCGAGUUGCCCGUGGUCAUAGACUUCCAUGCCCAAUGGUGUGGACCUUGUAAGAUCCUUGGGCCAAGGCUAGAGAAAGCCAUUGGCAAACAGAAGGGACGAGUUACCAUGGCCAAAGUUGACAUUGAUGAACACACUGACCUUGCCAUUGAGUAUGGGGUGUCAGCCGUUCCUACAGUGAUCGCCAUGCGGGGCGGUGAUGUCAUUGACCAGUUUGUGGGGAUCAAGGACGAAGACCAGUUGGAUAGCUUUGUCAAGAAGCUCAUUGGACAAUAAACCUGCCCACCAUGUCCCCUCUGUCCCUUCCCUUCCUCCUCGACCACACCCCUUUUCUCAGUACUCCAUAACUGCACUCAGUGGCCACACUGAGCAUGUGCAGAAACUCACAGACCACCCGCCUCCUCUCCCUCACUCCCUAAGGUCCCCAACUCUCACACACACAUUCACACCCAUCCCAGAAACAUGAACUUCAACUCAUGUGUCUGUAUUUGUAUGCAUACGUGAAGGGUCUGUGCUUACAUAUGCACCCCAUACACCAUCUCAUUGUCUGUAAAAUAUGCCCCUCUGUCAAACAAUGGUAGAGGAGUCUGAGCCAGUGUUUCUCUGUUUGUUAUGAUAGAUGCUAAAGACCAGUGUUCCCCAGCACUUGCUUCAUAGGAGCCAAAGCACUUCAUGUUGUAGUGAUCUUCCUGCUCCAGCAGCCUUGGCCGGGAACUCAUUAUAUUGUUUUAAUGACCUGGAGGGUUUUGGAGUGUCCAGCCAAUCAGGAGGUGGGAGGGACUUCAAACAUGUAGUACUCAGAGUCACCAGGAGGAGGGGGAAUGGGAAACACUAGUAUAGAAUGUACAGUGACUUUUCUGUACUAUACUGUAUCAUACUGGGAUGAUGUCUGAUGUUUGGAGUUAAGUGGGCGACGUGCAGGAAUGUUAUGUUGUCGAAAGCUCUGUGCAGUUCUUACCUUUGUCCACAUGAGGGCAGGCUUCCUCCAGCAUCACAGGCUCCACAUAGUCAUUUUUACACCGCUAUGCCUACUAUCGUGAAAGCUGAAUGUGUCUGUCAGUGAGGGAAAGAGCUGAUUGUAUGUAUGUAUGUAUGUAUGUACUUUAUGUAUUGUUUUAUGACAGUUUGUGUGUGUUUUUUUCUGUUUUUACAGUUCAGCUCUUGUCUGUCACUUGGUUUCUGACUGUGAAAUAUCUGUCACGUGGGAAGCACGAACAUGUUUAAGGGUUUAAUUUAGCUUUUAUUUCAAUAAAAUAUGUAUUAUGACCAAGUGAUGUGAUUUAAAUAAAAGAGUAAUACGAUA